AUUUUGCUCAAAUGAUAAGUCAACUCGACCAAAAAUCGAAAGAGGACACAGUUAAUAAGCUAUUUUGCUCUAAUGAACUGCCAUAUUACCAAAUACAGAGUACAUAUUAAGCUAUCCUAAAACCAGCUACGUAUAAAUGUACAAACCAACAUAUAGAUCAUACAAUUACUUCUCAUAUUAAGUUAACAUUUUAAAGAUGGAAUGUCAAAUCUUAAUAACUUUUAUCAAGGUCUUAAAAUCAAGUAGGAAAAUAAUUUUAUACAUUCCCUUUUAGAGGCUCAGAUCUGUGUUUCUAGAGGGAAAUGGAAGCGAAAAGCCAAAAACCGCCCCAUGGCUGCUACAACAGAAUGAAUUUCCAUGUUGCCCCGCCAAGUUACGGAUAUGGCCUUCGAAAUCUUCAAAAUGAGUAAACCUAUACACAGAAAUUUCAUCACAGCCCCUUCACUGUUCCAAUGAUGAAAACAGGUUUGAGAGGAAGGGGUAUAAAACUCUCAAAUAAGAUUUCAAUCGAAAAGCCAAAAACAUCCGAUGAACAACAACAACAUCCAGCCUUAUUCCCAAAAGAGUUUGGGGUGAAAACUCCCAAUCGAUUGUCCCAAAAUAAACCUUUAGGGCUACUAUCCUCAUUUCACAGGGCCUUUAAUAUUUUCCGCAUUUUUAGUACAGAACACUGCAUAAAACAAUGUUUUUUUGGAAUAGAAGAGGCUCAGAUCUGUGUCUCUGAGAGGAAAAUGAAAGCUUAUUCCGCCAUGGCUGCAACGACCGGUUGCACUUCCGGGUUGCCCCGCCAAGAUACGGGUUAGGUCCCCCAAAUUCCUCAAAAUUAGUAAGCCCAGAAAGAGAAUACACAGAGCCAUUUCAUCACAGCCACUUUACGAUUCCAGGAAUAAAAGAAACAGAAAAUGAUGAUACUCAGUAAUACUGUAGUAGUAAGAACAAGAUUAACGCCGAGUGUUAACUAAUCAGUACUCCGUACGUAGUAUAUCGCGAGCGAGGACGAUAGAUAAUAAGAUGAAAGGGCUGUUCGGCCAUGGCAAAGAAACAUCAUGUGCAGAUGAGAGGGAGGCAACCGCCCUUUCAAUAAACUCCCACCCCUCUCCUGCCUCACUCCUUUCUGGGCUGCGUCCGGAUGGAUGACAGACCAUUUCGCAUUUAUAUCGUACAAAAUGCU